GAAAGUGGCCUGUGUGUGCUACAGUGGUUGCGUAAUCAUGUUUAUGAACAGACUGCAGUCUGUUCUAACUCACCAUUUUCAUAAUCUUCUGAGAGACCUGGAGCAAAUCAGCAGUCGGACGACAUGGUGUCCUCUGGAACUCUGAUGGGACUCUUCCUGAUCACCCUGAUCUACCCUGAUGUCGAAGCUCGCAUCAGGAACCUCCCGAAAAUCAUCAGUUUUCUCCAGAGCAACUAUUCGGAUGGUGAUGAGCUGGUUGUGGUCAUCAACGUUCCAGCAGCAAAGUGUAAAACACGAAUGAAACCCGAUCAGGACUUCCUCCAGGAUGAUCCUGCCUGGAGAGUGAAGCAUGCCGUGAACAGCACUUCCAGAGUCUACAGAGGACAGCAGCUGAUCGCUGCCAGACCAAAACCAAUCAACAAAGCAAGUAGCUAUCACCCCGAGUACCUCCUGCUCAUCCAGUCCACCCCCUCAAACAAGACCUCCUUCAAUACACCACUGAAGAAGCUCCUGAAUAAAGACAAGCAUGGCUGUGUUGUCUUCUACACCUUCAACUCCCCCUGUGUGAACACCUGCUCAACCCCCGGAGGUCCUUACAACCUUCUCCCUGCCCUGGACCUGCUCAAGGAGCACAAGGGUCCCAAAGCCUUUGUGUUUAGCAGGGUUAAAAAACGUGAGGUCGGUUCAACUUCAAAGAAAAAUAAGCCACUCUGGCACUGCUACAGAAUCGGUAAACAUAUGUACGCCACCAUGACGGUCUGGGACAAUUACGAGAGUCAGGUUCGCUGGGAAGAAAACGUGAGGGAGAUAAAUGCUCGAGUGCCGCUCCACCGAUGUGAGGACGGCAAGUGUGUCCACUGUGUUCAAGACCACGAGGCUGAUGGCAGGUGCAUUCACAAUACUGGCAUAUAAUACCAUGUAAUACUAUAUAACACUAUAUAUUAUACAAAAGCUUUAGGCACAUUAUUCAAAACCCUUGAUUUUAGCAAUAAGAGAGUUUUAGUGCCCACUUUUUGGUUUAUCUGUAGGCUUGAUUUAGGGCAUGUCAGUGUGCCUUUGCUAUCGUAAUGACGGGAAAAGUACACCUUGUGCCACUCAAAAUGCACAGAAGGCACGCACUAAUGCUCUUAAUUAAUCAUUGGUGUGUUUUGGGCACAAUGGCAUCAGCAUGUCCCUUGCCAUUCCCUUUAAGUGUCAGGUGCGCUCUGACUUUGGCGUAAUGCUAUUUUAAUGGCGUAGCUACCUGAAUGUGUCCAGCACUUCUGUUUAUGCUGUAAAGGUGCUCCAGCAGCUCAUUUACGGGAACAGCAAUGCUAUUUCAUUUAAUUUUCUGUUUUUUUGUUGAUGUAAAAGUUGGGUUUGUGCUGCUGUGUGUAAAUGGUUGUGUAAUAAUAAUAAGUGGGGUCAUCUGUGUUUUCCUCAAUCAAAAUAGCAAUACGGAACAAAUUUACCCACACACGCCUUAUUUCCAGACCACCACACCCAUCUGUGUAGAUAUAUUCAGAAGCACUGUUGCUAUUUAAAUGAUGCAGGCUAAAGAUGUGAAAAUAGAAUGUUGGCAGGGUGUAAGAUAGCAAUGAGCAUCACAACACGCCUGGGAAAGGGUGUAAGAUAGGGCACUUAGUCAGAAAAAAAAUCAAGAUUAAAAUAAACAAAAAUUGUGUAAAAAUUAAGAAUGUAUUUCUGAAGAAAUUAGUUAAAGUUUACUGUAUAACACACUGUAAAUACACCACAAUGCCAAAAGACUGUAAUCAGUCCAUCUUAGUGUCAGGGGCCUUUUUGACAGUUAUACAAUGAAUUUAGCAUGAUUGCUUGCAAUUCCAGGUCCACAAAUAUCUAUAAAAAAAGUAUAAGACUAAACAUUCAGAUCAGGUCACAUGAAGUUUAGAAGUACUGGAUUAUUUUGGAUCUGAUAAUAAUUUUGUGUUUAUAAACUUGUAAACUAUGUAUGUGUGUUUCCAAAAAUAAAUAAAUGUUCUGAAUUGUA